AUGUCGGACCUCAGAGACGCCAUCCUGGAGCGGGCUGCUCUCAGCCUCAAGCACGGGAAGAAGGCCCAAGCCGAGUCGGACUUCAAACUGGCCUUAACCAAAAGUAUCGAGAUAGGGAAGAAGAUGGACAUCAUCUUCGAGCUGCUGAACAUCAGUCUCGAGAAGAAGGAGGUCCAGGAGAUCGUCGGGUAUGUGGAGGACUGCAAGGUGUUGCUUGAGAAGGGGGGUGACUGGGAACGCCGCAAUCGCUUGAAGAUCUACGAGUCGCUGGAAAAACUGCUGGUGAGGGACUUGAAGCAGGCCUGCAAGCUGAUCCUCGAGGCGAUACCGACCUUCAACUCUUCAGACAUCAUCCAGUUCGACAAGCUGGUGGACAGCGACAUCGUGGGCCACCUGAACCAACUGCCAGCAGUCAAGAACUUCCUAUUUUCGUUCUACCGCAGCGAAUACUCCAACUUCUUCAAAAGCCUGAUCCCGAUCAUCGAGAUGGUCUCAAAGGACGAGUACAUCGGCCCUCACAAGAAAUACUUCAUCCGGGAAGUGAGGGUCUCUGCUUACAACCAGUUCCUGGAGUCGUAUAAGACGGUCUCGCUGGCCAGCAUGAGCAGGUCCUUUGGGGUGUCGGUGGAGUUUUUGGAUCGGGAGCUGAGCGAGCUGAUUGCCACCCGGCGUAUCAACAGUCGUAUCGACAAGAUUAGUGGGAUGGUCGAGAGCGUGUCGAUGGACCAGCGCAACAAACUGUAUUUCCAGGCGCUGCGGGCGGGCGAUCACCUGCUCAACCGCAUCCAGAAGCUCUCGAGGCUGAUCGACAUCUGA